GAGGCGGGGAUUAUUUUUCAUGGCGCGUCAUAGUGGAGCGGAUGCAGCUUAUAAACAAAUAAUAAAUAAUUAUAAUGAAAUAUAACCGUAUGUAAUUUGCGCUGGUUUUAUUAGUGUGAGUUGUGUAUAUUUACUUUAUAUAAUAUUUAGCUGUAGAGUGGAGGGUGUGUUGGAGCGGAUUAGCCGGUUAGCACCGAGCAGCAGGCCUGAGGGAAUAUGUAACACACGUCACCAUGACAACCAAGUUCAGCAAGACGUACACGCGGAAGGGCGGCGAGGCGAACUCCAAGUUCGAGGAGGUUUUUGGUAACAGGAAAGCGACACUGAGCACCAAAUGGGGUGAGACGACGUAUAAAGCCCAGCUCGGUUCCAGACGCCCCGCCCACACGCUCGCCACGCCCGACACGUCCGCGCUGCACAAAAAACUCCGCCUAGAGCGAGACGACGAGGCGGACGACCCGUUCGGGUUCGAUAGCGACGAGGAGCAGAGCGAGACGUCCAGAGGCUCAGAAGAAGAACAGAGCGGACAGAACACAGGGGGCGGAGUUAACACAGCAGCACCGGUUCGCAGCCCCUCCCCCGCCGUCAGCGGAUCCAAACACACGUCGCACGCAGCUAAUUUAAAGCCGACACAUAAAGACUCGAGCAGUUUCGUAGAACGUUCAAGCGAACGUUCUCCGUCUGAGUCCUCUGAAGGAGCAUCUGCACAAACCGGCUUCGCGUCAGAAAAUUCCAGGUCCGCCGAACAGGAAACGGGAGGUCCCGAGACGGCGGAGAAGCCGAUCGACUUCGAGCCACUUCCUCUGAUCAAACCGGCGAGAGACCGCGUUUAUCGAAGAGCCGGUAAGAAAGGAGAACAGGAGAAUUCCCAGAAUUCCCAAUUAUCAGGAGAAAACGUCAGCAAUAAACCCACCGUCAAAACUGUCUCCACGAGCGUGUCUACGUCCGGGGGGUCGGAGGUGAAAGGUCGUGGGCGUGUGAGAGAUUAUACGCUGCUGCACCCGUCCUGUGUGUCGGUGUGCAACGUCACCAUCCAGGACUCCAUGGAGCGCGGCGUGGAGGAGUGUGUGAGCACCACGCCGUCUGAUCUGGGGGACACCGGAACGUUCCGCAGGAAGACGGACAACCAGCCUCCGAAGUACAGCAGGCAUCGUCCCACCAAGUCUAAGCUGGAGUGCAAGCUGGAGUUUUUUGGCUUCGAGGACGGCGUGUGUGAGGACGGAGACGCCGAACCCGGCACCAGCUACAAGAUUAAAUACUUUGGAUUCGACGAUCUGAGCGAAAGCGACAGCGAGGACGAGGACGACCGACCGGGGAAGAAGAAGGAGAAGAAGAGAGACGCUUCAGAGACGACGACCGCGGCGUCUCGCUGUCCUCCGACCGGUGAAGCUCUGAACCUCUCACACACUCUCACAGAUCCUCAGGAGUGGCAGGAUGAGUCGAGCUCCGGCUGCACAGACACACAGAGAGAACGAGCAGGGAAACACACUGACAAGAUGAUCAGCCGCAAGAUCUUUAAAAAGACUCCCACUAAAGCGGUGUACAACGCUCGACACUGGAAUCAGCCAGAGCAGGAAGAAGCUCCUCCCACCUCACAGAGUGACAUCACACCUAAGCCGACUCCGUCGAGCGCGACCAAAGACGCGGAUCCUGUAAAAGACGACAGCGUGUUUAAAGCCCCCCCACCUCCACCUAAAGUCCCCAAAUCAGUGACCCUGCCCACGGAACCCCACCCACACACUACCACUUCAGAACAAAAGGAGCUGUACACAGUCGUCCAGCAGGUGAAGCACUUUAACGACGUGGUGGAAUUCGGAGAGAAUCAGGAAUUUACCGACGACUUUGAGUAUCUGGAGACGGGACUGAAGAGUACGCAGCCUCUCCACACACGCUGCCUCAGUAUAAUCAGUUUAGCCACACGCUGCGCCAUGCCAAGUUUCCGCAUGCACUUGAGAGCGAGAGGAAAAGUGGCUCAGGUGUUUAACAUGCUGAGUGACGCACCGCAGCAUCCGAGCCUGGCGUUGUGUACGGCAGCUCUGCUCUACAUCCUCAGCAGGGAUCGGCUCAACAUGGACCUGGACCGCGCCUGUCUGGAUCUGAUGAUCCGUCUGCUGGAGAUGGAGCAGGACGAGUCCGAGGAUCAGCAAAGCAAAGUGAAGGAGAAAAUACAGAAACUGUGUGAAACUGUACACAACAAACACCUGGACCUAGACAACAUCACUACGGGUCACCUGGCCAUGGAGACCCUUCUCUCGUUGACGUCUAAGAGAGCAGGGGACUGGUUUAAAGAAGAGCUCAGGCUACUGGGAGGACUGGACCACAUCAUAGAUAAAGUGAAAGAGUGUGUGGAAAACCUAGAGACAGACGACGAUAACGAGAACCUGGUGGCGUCGUUAUGGGGAGCGGAGCGCUGCUUACGAGUUCUCGAGAGCGUAACAGUUCAUAAUCCAGAGAAUCAGUCCUACCUGAUCGCCUACAAAGACUCGCAACUGAUCGUCUCAUCAGCCAGGGCCCUGAGGCAUUGCGAGUCCAUGAUUCAGCUGUACUGCCGUAAUGUCAUCAACUCCGGUCCCAAUUCUGCUCACAGUAACCAUAGCAAUGUGGGCAAAGCAGUGGAGGACUGUCUGAGGGCGCUGCUGGGGGUGAUGCUGAACCUCACACACGAUAACGAGUGGGGCAGCACUAAGACAGGCGAGCAGGACCAACUGAUCAUGACUGUGCUGAACUGUGUGCUGAAAGUUCCUCAGUUUCUUCCUCAGGAGCAGAAAUUUGACAUCCGUGUGCUCGGUCUGGGUCUGCUGAUAAACCUGGUGGAGUACAGCUCUAGAAACAGACACUGUCUGGUGGAGCUGGAAGUGGAUUCGAGCUUCCUGCUGGAGACGGAGAAAGACGGGAAAACGGAGGGAGAGAAGGACGAGCAGGCGGAUAAGUGUGUCGAGGAUAACGAGAAGAAGGGACUGGAUACUAAAACCUCAAGUGCUCUACCUGCUCUGGUGCAGCUCUUCUUAGAGCGCGAGAGAGCAGCCGUGGUGGCCGAGGCGCAGGCCGACGACAUCAUCAGCGAGGCGCCGAAGUCUCAGCCAGAUGUGAGCGGACAGUGGCAAGUGACAAGUGGAGAGAUGCAGUGGGUCGCCUCAGAAAAUAACACCGACGACAAGAAGGAGAAGGAAGAAGAAGAGGAGGAGCUCGAUUUUAAUAAAGUCCUGCAGCAUGCUGGGAAACACAUGGAGGACAGUAUAGUGGCGUCGUACACUGCACUGCUGCUGGGGUGUGUGUGUCAGGACAGUCCGGCGAAUGUGAAGGCUGUGAGAGAAAGCCUGCCUAAAGGAGAUUUUUCCAUCAUGACUGAGAUGCUAAAGAAGUUCCUCAACUUCAUGAACCUGACGUGUGCAGUCGGCACCACAGGACAGAAAUCCAUCACCCGUGUCCUUGACUAUCUGGAGCACUGCUAGCAUGAUUUCAGAGGAGCUGGCAACCCAAGAGGCUCUAAUCAUCCUUUAUCUCCCUCACUAACAACCUCCAACACACACACCCCCCCAAUACUUCUCUCUCUCACACACACACACACACACACACACACACACACACACACACACACACACACACCCCUGUGCAUUUAUAAGCUGUUGCUUUUUAUAUUUAAUUUGCUUAAUUUUUAAAAUCCCCUCGUUAUGAAUAAUAAAGAUUUGUUUGGAAAAAUUUUAAUAACGAAAAAUAUCUCGAGCGAGCGUUUAAAAAAAAAAAAAGAAUUCUUUUAAAAAAAAUAAGCUUUACAAAAAGUAGAAAUAAAAAGUAUACGAUUCUUUGUAACUGAGCUUAUCGAGUGUCACAACAGUUAAACAGGAUUAUAAAUAAAUAAUAUUAAUAUAUAUAUAAGUACAUUGUCAUUUUAAAUGUAUUCUGCAGAGGCCAUAAGAUAUAAAACUGCUUGAAACUGAUGCGAUUAUCGAAAGGAAAAUAUAAAAAUAUAUCGUUUAGGAUUUGAUCGACAAAUCGUUCGACGUCGAAUUUGUUCCAAAUUAACGGCAGCAGGAAUUUUUCAUUUAGCUCGUUUAAGGUGGUAUUGUUGUAAACCCCCAGAUUUAAGGUGGUAUUGUUGUAAACCCCCAGAUUUAAGGUGGUAUUGUUGUUAAUUUUUUUUUUAAUUAAAGCUCAUGGCACAUUUUAGAAGAAAAUAUAUAUAUAUCCCCUCAUGCUUUGAUUUGCCUAAAUUGUACUAAACAAUUCCACCUUAAAUAUUCGAUUCAUAUUUUAACAAAAACGGAGGUAAAAACUUUUUGGCGUAGAUCAGGAUUUCAGCUUAAAGCAGCGGUAUGUAAUCUAGAGCGCUUUCCGUGAGAUGCUACACAUUAGAGCGGUUGUGUCCAUUUUUAAGGGGGCGGGGCUUAGCAGCGUGAAGCUUCUUUAAAUUUAGAGACGCGUCUAAGGAAACUAUUCAGAUCCGUUUAUAUUACAUACGACACCUUUAAAGAAUAAUUCGUAUUUUAUUCCAGUUUUUUAUUCUUUUUUUUUUUGUACUUUACCUGAAAUAGAAUUUAUUUUAGUCAUUAAAAUUUUGAUUUUAGUAUUUUAGUUUCCUGUAUUUUGGAACGGUACCCUGUUGUACCUUAAAUUGGAAAUUUAGGGGGGGGAAAAAAAGAAGGAAAAAAAAGAUGAACCUGUUAUAAAUGUUAUAAAAUAUUUAAAGAUAAAUAGAUUGAUGUAAAAUUAAGCAAAAUAAAAUCCAAGCACAUGGGGUUUGACUGAUUCCACCCAAAAAAAUGUAAAGCAUUAUUUUUUAUUUUCUGUUUAAUGUUCAGUGUUUUAGUGAAAAAUCUCGAUUCUUUUCUCCCCGUUCUUUGGUUUGCUUUAAUUUAUGACGGUAAACGAACUCGCUUUAACAAGUGUCCUGUUCCUCUUACAGCCUUUUUUCUCUGAGUAAAAAAAAAAAAAGACAUUUUCUCAGAUUUUUUUUUUCUUUUAUGAAAUUGAGUGAAUUGUGAGUGAAAUAAACAAAUGUUUGUGUGUAAAUGUAAAUAUUUUGUGUACAUAUUGCCUCCUGAAAUGAUGUUAAACUGGAUUCUCAAAGGUUUUCUUUUAUACACUUUGCUUGGUUGUUGCAGGAUAUAUAAAUAAAAAUCUAUAAAUAACUAUAUAUAUAUGUGUAUAAACACUUUGUACCCAGUUUUGCUCAGAAUUUUGUCUUUGGUUACCUGUAAAUAAUU